UUCAGAUAUCGUUCUCAGUACGCCAUCGUUGCUAAUAUUAAAUGUUUCUCUAGUUCACGGCGUAACACAGCUCUCUCACCGACGACGACGAUCGAACUUCUACCCACCACGGGAGCGUUUCAGCUUCUCAGACGAUAUUUCUCCGGGUUUACACACCAGAGAUCCUUACUAGACUACAAGUCCCCUUGAUCCAGUCACCUUGCUACUACAACAAUGGCAAAAGAUUCUGCUGAUUGGAACGCUGUCGAUGAUUUGGAUUUUGAGAUCCUUAACUUUCACUCAUCUCCAUCUAAUGCCGAUGAUGAUAUGGAUUUUGAGAUCGUUAACUUUCACUCAUCACCGUCGUCCCCAUCUCCGGUAGUCACCAAUGAUGAGCCGCUUCGCCUACCAAUACCAAUGAGUGGAUUAGGGGUUCCAAAUGAGCAGCUGUUCGUCACACAAAGAUCACUACCAGAACUAGCAAGAGGCCCACCAUAUUUCUACUAUGAGAAUGUUGUUCUUGCACCUUGGGAGACAAUCUCAAGGCAUUUGUAUGACGUUGCACCAGAAUUUGUGGACUCAAGUUUCAUAUGUGCUGCAGCAAGGGAGAGAGGUUAUGUACACAAUCUCCCCAUCAGCAACAGAUAUCUGAUUCAACCUCCUCCGAAACACACAAUUCAAGAGGUGUUGCCGCUGACCAAGAAUUGGUGGCCAACAUGGGAUACAAGAACCAAACUGAACUGCAUAUUUACUGUUAAUGCUAGUUCUCAGUUAACAAACAGGAUCCGCUCUGCCCUUGAGGCUUCUAGGGGAGAACCGCCUGAGGAGAUAAAAAGGUAUGUCAUUGAGCAGUGCGAAAAAUGGAAUCUUAUAUGGGUGGGACAAAACAAAGCUGUGCCAUUGGAAGUAAAUGAAAUUGAGACUCUUAUGGGGUUUCCAAUAUACCAUACACGAGGUGGUGGUGGCAUUAGUAGGGCCGAGCGUUUAAAGUCACUCAGUAAUUCUUUUCAGGUGGACACAUUGGCAUAUCAUUUGUCUGUCCUUAAACCCUUGUUUCCUGAUGGUAUUAAUGUCCUCUCCCUGUUCACUGGUAUUGGUGGUGGAGAAAUGGCACUUCAUCGUCUCCAAAUUCCGAUGAAAACAGUUGUUUCUGUGGAGUUCUCACAAGUAAACAAAUACAUCUUGAGAGACUUUUGGGAGCGAACUAACCAGAAAGGAGUGUUGAUAGAGUUUGAAGAUGUGCAAGACCUAACUAAAGAUAUAAUCGUAGAGUUGAUGAAGCAGUUUGGUGGGUUUGAUAUCGUGAUUGGAGGUAGCCCUUGCAACAACCUCGCUGGUGGUAACAGAGUAACCCCGAAUUGUCUGGAAGGUGAACAGUCUUUGAUGUUCUAUGAGUAUUGCAGGGUUCUGAACGUGGUUCGCCAGACAGCAAAGGAGAUGAGAAGAUCUUGAUGAUCCUGGCAUAAAACUUAGUCUGAACUCUGUCAUUAUCGUAAUGUAAUAUCAUAUGGUCUGAGUACGUAUAAGUGUGUGUUUAAUAUAUAAGUAGGAGGGUCCUCUUUAUUUUGGCGGUGGUCUAUUAUGAACUAUGCGGCGGUGGUUGAUGUUUAUUAAAACGUUUUAAAUAUUAAGUUUGGCUGUUACGUAUGAAA